AUGGCCCGCAACCCUUCGCGUCUACUGUAUGCGCCUCGUAGUCUGCAAUUGACUACUAGUAGACGGCAAUUCGGCACCAGUGUCUCCUCCAUACUACCCCUCCUCUCCCCGCCCCGAUACACGCCGGUCCGAUCAUCAUUAAUAUCAACACCAUCUACUUCUUCCCCUCUCGCACAUCACAUUCCCACUACAGCUACUCCCAUCCGAGGUAUCACCACCAACACCACCCCCAAAAUGGCCACAACCACCACCACUCUCGACCCCCAAUACGCCCAACUCUUCCAAACCCUAGAAUCCCAAUUCCAGACCACCACCCUCCCCCACGACAAAUGGUACAUCCUCGCCAUCUCCACCCUCGUCGCAAACCCGGACCCCGAACGCGCCGACCAGCUCUACCUCUACCUAACCUCCAAACCCGAAUACUCGACCCCAUCAUCCCGCCAAGCUCUCAUCCGGCGCAUCCGCGAAGCCCUCAUCAAAAGCGUGAUAAUAGUCGGGGUGUGCAAACCCAUCGAAGCCAUCCUCGCCAUCAGCAAGCUCGAAGCUCCCGAAGACAAAGACUACACGUUCACCCGGGAGGGCUGGCAAUGCGACGAGGCGAAUCACGGGCGCGGCGUGGCAUGGUUGGAGAAGCUGUAUGCGCGGAAUACAUCGGGCACGUUGGAUCUGUUUGCGGCGCAUAAGGAUUUCGCCUGGUUGUCGAAGGAGAUUACCUACGGGUUGUUUUUGAGUGAUCGGGGAGUGUUGGAUGAUUUGGAUACCCAGUUGGUGGUGUUGCCCGCCAUCAUGAGUCAGAAUUUGAGGAUUGAGACGCAUUGGCAUAUAAGGGGUACCAGACGCUUGGGGGUCAGUUUGGAGGAUGUGAGGGUUUUGUGUGAGGGCGUUAAGCAUGUUGCUGGGUUUUAUGGGAGGGUGUUGGAUAAGGUGCCUGGUGUGGAGGAGGUGGAGGGGGAUGUUUGA